AUCCCCGUGGGCAUCUUAGGCGGCACGGGCCUCGUGGGCCGGGCGUUAGCCGCGCGCCUCCUGAGCCACCCCAUCUUCAGUCUGGGCCCCGUGCUCGGGUCGUCGGCGACCGUCGGCAAGUCCUUGGCCGACGACCACUACGGCGCCGCGCUCUGGGAGGCCGUGCCCUGCCCGCCGGGCCUGCGGGAGAUCACGGUGUCGUCCACCGAGGAAUUGAUGCGCUCCGGCGUCAAGUACGUCGUCAGCGCGAUCGCGCCGUCGCUCGGCCACAUCGAGGACGCGCUCCAGGCCGCGGGCAUCGCCGUCUUCUCCAUCUCGCCCCACGCGCGCCAGGUGCCUAGGAACCCGCUGAUCAUCCCCGAGGCCAACGGCGACGAGCUGCUCCACGCGAUCGCGACGGCGGCGGCCGAGGACAGCGACCCGACGAUCCCGCUCGUCAAGUCGCCGAACUGCGUCACCUGCGGCACGUCCGUCGUGCUGAAAGCGUUGGACGCGACCUACGGCGUCGUCGGCGUCUCCGUGACGACCUUCCAGGCGCUGAGCGGCCGCGGCGACGCCAAGUACGACCCGGGCUUGGUGGUGGGCAACGUCUACCCGCUCGCGGGCACGGUCGAGAAGACGGACGAGUACCAGCGCAAGGAGCUGCUGCGCAUCUUCCCGAACAUCGUGCGCUGCGCCGUGUCGGCCCACCGCGUGCCCGUGCAGACGGGCCACUUCGUCGACGUCAAGUGCCAGACGCGCAAGCCCGUGCGGUCGGUGGAGGAGGUCAAGGCGGUGCUCCGCGCGUUCGCGCCGCUCCGGGGCCUGGGCCUGCCGUCAAUGCCCAACGCGCCCAUCGUCGUCGUCGACGAGGUCGGCCGCCCGCGCCCGAAGCAGGACGGCAACUACGAGGGCGGCAUGUCCGUCUGCGUCGGCAACGUCCACACGAACGACGGCUUCUUCGACGUCACGCUGUCCAUCGUCAUCAACAACGUCGUCCGCGGCGCCUGGGGCGCGGCGCUGAUCAACAUGGAGCUCUAC